AUGAAGAAACCUGCGAGAUGUAUUGUCUUUAAGAAGAUUGAGUUAAACUCUGCAUUUGAAUUACUUUUGGGGACGGUAUUUUAUGGGAAAUUUCUCAUCAGCGAUGAGCUGACUUGCUUGAGCAAAUCAAACACAGAAAUGGAAGUUUUGGGAUGGUUUGCUGGUAAACCUGUCAGAAAAAGCUUUGCAAAUAGAUUUACGACAAAACCACGCUUUUCAGGGCAUCUUUGGGUGUCGGAAAUGGUUCCGAACAAACUUAAUAAAGUAUUCAAUAACCCGCAAAAUAUGCUGAGGCAGGGCAAACAUAGAAGUGGACUGACUUUGAUCCCGAAUUUUUCUUCUUUGAUCAACAAGGAAACGGAAACGGAUUUUUUUGUUGUUUUGACUUCUGUUUUCACAGAAAUUCCUCAAAGUAUGAUACUAGAAAAUGAAUUCAUGACUACACUUUUGCAACAAAAUUUAAUAGCUUUGGAUGACUGA